AUGGUCACACGAGGUGGAACAAGCUGUGGUCCUAGGGAGGGAUAUGUAACUAUUGAAAUGUUUGAAGCGUUGCAGGAACAAAUUCAAAAUCUUGCUCAGCUGGUUGAGAAUGAGCUCAAUGACUUGUCUGGUGGAGAAAGUGAUAGUUCUAGUAAAGGAAGAGGGUCCAAUCAAGAGAGAGCUGUGAGAUGCAAUGUAAGACCUCAACAGUGGGAAGAUCCCAUUGUUGAGAAUGAGCUCAAUGACUUGUCUGGUGGAGAAAGUGAUAGUUCUAGUAAAGGAAGAGGGUCCAAUCAAGAGAGAGCUGUGAGAUGCAAUGUAAGACCUCAACAGUGGGAAGAUCCCAUUGUACGUGCUCUUGAGUGGUUCAAAUCUCCGAGUUUGAUGGAGAUGGAGCCAGAUGCAUUUUUGAAUUGGAUGGAUAGUAUUAAAAACUAUUUUGAUUGGAAAGGCAUGCCCAAAGAAAGAAAAGUGGAGCUUGUUGGAGCAAAACUAAAGGGUCCAGCUUCUACAGGGUGA